CACAUCCCAUCUGGAUCACGCUCGCGCUCUCCCUUCUGCUUCCCUACCAUAGAGUUGCGCUGGAAACAGAAGAUAGAGGGAGUGUAGGAGCUUCGCCAUCUCCAAGCGAUCUACAUUGGGAAAAACAUGGAGUCCGCUCCGGCAGCCCCCGAUCCAGCAGCCAGUGAGCCGGGCAGCAGCGUCUCCGAGGCGGCCGCCGGCGCCAGGGACACCCCGGUGAACCUGGAGCCCGCCCGGAAAAGCGAAGCGCCGGCUUCGGUCCGCAGGCAGAGCUACUCCAGCAGCAGCGGCAGCAGAGGUAUUUCUGUAACGAAGAAGACUCAUACAUCUCAAAUUGAAAUUAUUCCAUGCAAGAUCUGUGGAGACAAAUCAUCAGGAAUCCAUUAUGGUGUCAUUACAUGUGAAGGCUGCAAGGGCUUUUUCAGGAGGAGUCAGCAGAGCAAUGCCACCUACUCCUGUCCCCGGCAGAAGAACUGUCUCAUCGACCGGACCAGUCGAAACCGCUGCCAGCACUGUCGGCUACAGAAAUGCCUUGCUGUGGGGAUGUCUCGGGAUGCUGUAAAGUUUGGUCGAAUGUCAAAGAAGCAGAGGGACAGCCUGUAUGCGGAGGUGCAGAAGCAUCGAAUGCAGCAGCAGCAGCGAGAUCACCAGCAGCAACCAGGAGAGGCAGAACCACUAACACCAACAUACAAUAUCACCACCAAUGGGUUAACAGAGCUACAUGAUGACCUCAGUAAUUACAUUGAUGGGCAUACCCCUGAAGGUAGCAAAGCAGACUCUGCAGUUAGCAGCUUCUACUUAGACAUACAGCCUUCUCCAGAUCAGUCGGGUCUUGAUAUUAAUGGAAUCAAACCAGAACCAAUAUGUGACUACACACCAGCAUCGGGCUUCUUCCCGUAUUGUUCUUUUACAAAUGGGGAGACCUCUCCAACUGUGUCCAUGGCAGAAUUAGAACACCUUGCACAGAACAUUUCCAAGUCGCACAUGGAAACGUGCCAGUACUUGCGAGAGGAGCUGCAGCAGAUAACAUGGCAGACUUUCCUGCAGGAAGAGAUCGAGAACUACCAGAACAAGCAAAGGGAGGUAAUGUGGCAGUUAUGCGCAGUCAAAAUAACAGAAGCUAUACAGUAUGUAGUGGAAUUUGCCAAACGCAUUGAUGGCUUUAUGGAACUGUGUCAAAACGAUCAAAUUGUGCUUUUAAAAGCAGGGUCUUUAGAGGUUGUGUUCAUCAGAAUGUGCCGUGCCUUUGACUCCCAGAACAACACAGUCUACUUUGAUGGCAAGUAUGCUAGCCCAGAGGUUUUCAAGUCCUUAGGUUGUGAAGACUUCAUUAGCUUUGUGUUUGAAUUUGGAAAAAGCUUAUGUUCUAUGCACCUGACAGAAGAUGAGAUAGCCUUGUUCUCUGCGUUCGUUUUAAUGUCGGCAGAUCGCUCGUGGCUUCAGGAGAAAGUAAAGAUUGAAAAACUCCAACAGAAGAUCCAGCUAGCGCUUCAGCACGUCCUACAGAAGAACCACCGAGAAGAUGGAAUCCUAACAAAGUUAAUAUGCAAAGUGUCUACUUUAAGAGCACUGUGUGGACGACAUACAGAAAAGCUUAUGGCAUUUAAAGCAAUAUACCCAGACAUUGUACGACUUCAUUUUCCUCCACUUUACAAGGAGUUGUUCACUUCAGAAUUUGAGCCAGCGAUGCAAAUUGAUGGGUAAACGUAUCACCUAAGCACUUCUAGAAUGUCUGAAGUACAAACAGUAAAACAAAAGAAAGGAAAAAAUUAAAAAUUAAAAAAAAAAAGAAAAGAAAGAAAGAAAACCAAGACACUUUAUGUGGCCCUGCACAGACCUAGGGAGCCAACACACUGCACAUCUCUUGGCGGUCGGGGUCAGGCGAAGGAUGGGAAACAAUGAAACAAAGUUGAACUUGUUUUUCUCAUGCAUAUGAUUUCCAUUAUGCCUACAAAUAUGGACCCUUUUUCUGUCUCAGCUUCUCAAUCUUUGACCUCUGUUUACACAGACUGAGGGUACUCAUGUCAGAAGGUUGUUUUCUCCUGUAGUUCACUGCCCAGACUUUUGACAGAACAAUCAAUUUGUUGAUCAGAACAGAGAGUCCACCUAGUAAUCAGCGACUGGUGUGCAUUGCAGAGAUUUCAGCAUCAGUUUGCACAACUUGCUCAUUGUUUCAUGAAGGACGAUUUUUUUCACCUACCACUGUUUGCCAGUAGACAGAACGGCAUGAAAAGGGUCCAUAGCAAUAGCAACAAUAGCAUUAUAAUAUAUUACAGGGUAAAUGGGCAUGAAGACUAUAUAUAGCAAAAGAGAUAUUGUUUAUAUAUUGUUUUAAUUAAUAUAAAAUGUAGUUACUGGUAUAGCUUUUCUUGUUGAAUUGAUAAGGCACUUUCAUUUUGCACCUUUUUCUUUAAAUUAAAUGCUAGCGUGUUCAUUGUUGUGUUGCAUGUGCACCAGAAAUUCAAGUUUAACUGAAAAAGGUUUGGCAGGUACUAGUACGUAUACGUUGGGAGGUAUUUAUGCUGCUGUUUUCCAUGUUACUCUUAAAGAGAGGCUGGUCAUAUCCUGAAACGGUUAUAGAAAUAUUUUUUUUAAUAGUUGAAAAUAAUGACAACUUUCUGAAUUAAAAUCAGCUUUUCAGCUGCUAAAUUCAAGGUACUUUUAGUUUCAGAUCUUUCAAACCUGAAUGUUUAAAAUGACAUGCCGAAAUUCCAAGUUAAGUGCACAAGUCAAACGCCUCAUUUUCAAAGGUGCUGAACUUCUGUGCUCAAAGUUAAAGCAAUUACAGAACAGCUACAAACCAGUAAUGUGCACCCUUGGAAAUCAGGCUAUUUGAAGUGUAUUUCUGCCCACCAUCAAUCCAGGUUUGAAGGUAGUUACUCAAGUCUGUAUCUACAGUAAAAGUAUGUGUAUAUGACGUGUAUGUAGAAAAGUAAUUUUAUAUACAAUUUUACAUACCUUGUACUCCAUAUUGUAAACAAUGCAUUCAAACUCCACACUCCAGCCUAUCAAAAUUCACAGAAGUCAAAAUUCAUAGUCUUUAACUUCAGUGAGGUGAGACACUGACCCCUGUUCUUCUAGCUCUCAGCAGUGCAGUUUCAGGCAGCUGACCAGAGAAGUCCAUUGGUCUCCUUAUGUAAAAUACGCACUUUAAAGUUUAUCAGAUGAGGACAGACUAACAAAGUAAAGGCACGCGGUUUGGCUGUACUCUGGGUAAUGUCAGGAAAUUGUUGAUAUUAUAGAUCUGCAUUCUGGAAUUUUGAUUCCCAUACUGCAUAACCAACUAAUAAGCUGAAUCUUGCAGUCUUUAUCAGUCCUUAUUAUUGCCAAUUGUCCUUCCCUUUAGGAAGAAACUCUCUCCAAGCAGAUGUGGCAAGUAAACCUAGUUCUGAAGGCAGAUUCACAGUAACCGACAUCACAAAAUACACUGGGACUAGCUGAGCCAGAGGUGUGUCAUUGGUUUGGAUGAGAUAGACGUGUAACUGGAUGCCUUAGAGGUCGACACAAAUGAGUUCAUGACGAAGUAUGUAAGAAAAAAAAAAACAGGAACUUUAAAAACCAGUAAGGAAUGAGACAGAAUGUGCUCGAUGGGUUUGAUUGCUUACAUUUAGUAUACUUGUUAGGUAACAGAAGUGAACAGAACCACUCUGAAGCCUAUUUUUAAAAGGAGGAUUGGGUCAGUGGGUUACUAUAAACAAAACAGAGGUUUACUCUAUGAUUUGAACAUGCUUCCUGUGGGAUCAAAUUGAGGCAUUUAGACAUCAUGCCUGUUAAAAAUGUCACAGUCUGCCACAUCAGGGAAGCUUACAGCUAUUGCUCACCUCUGCAGUUUGAAAGGAGGGGAAAUGAGCAGCUCGUAUUUCCCCUUCAAAGCAGUAUGCUUGUAGUGUGGGAGGGGAACACCUACACCUCCAGGAGCACUGGGAUGGAGCCAUGAGAGUGCUUGCGGGGAAAAAGCCCACAGAGACGUGCUUUUCCUGCUCCAUGCUGCCUGCUGCGGCGGCGGCAGCUCACAGCCAGCACAGCCACCCCCCAGUCCCUCCAAAACCCUGGUCCUAGCAGCAUUGUUUACUUUACUGGAGUAACUGGCAUGAUACAGUACUUGCAUUCUAACAUGUGUUCCUGUUUUUAAAGAUGCCCUUUUAACUAACAAAUGUUUUCUGAAUGUGACCAGCCUUAGGUGCUAGUCCUGUAAAGAUCAACUAAACUUAAAUUUCAGUGUCAACUAAUGAAUAAUGAAGUAAGGCCUAUACUUUAGAGAGUGAGAUACAACUCCUACUUCUGACAAUAAGUAGACUAUCAGGCAAAAUAUCUGGGGAUUAAUUUUCAGUCACAUCCUUUUCUUACCUUUUCCUGAUGAGUAUUAGUACUUUGCCAGGCAGCUAGGUGCCAGUGGUUUUGUUUGGUAUCUAGUUCAGCAUAUUUACACCUGUAAGUCAUUGACAACAGAUUUUUUGAGCACUUACUAACACCAUGACCAUAAAAAAGGCUCGAUAGGGCCUUAGCUGAAAGCCUUUUGCAUCUGAAAGCAGCUUGUGACAUGUUCUGCUAGGCCAGAAAGUGCUGUCACUUUUGUCCGUGGGAGCUCCUGUGUACUGGCAAGGUGUUAAAUCAGGCUGUGCAUACACACCCCAGGUAACUCUGCUUUCCUACUGCUGCCAACCGCCAUAGUUGGGGCCAGUGGGUAUUCACAUGAGUCUUUCCAUAGUCUGCACAGCUCACUACAAACAAAAACAUGAGGACAGCUGAAGAUAAAGGAGUCAUCUAUUCUUUUUUGAAUGAUCUGUUCCUAAAAGUGAAAAACAGAUUUUCAUUGGGUGCUACAUCUAUCCACAGAGCUGUUUUCUGGCUUUCUAGGAAAGAGAGACUGCACUGUGCUGUCCUUUGAACCACCCUAAUGUACUCCAACAUCUCCAGCAUUGUUUGACGUUUUAAAAACAAUGGGAUUAGGUGAAAAGGGAGGCUGGUUUUAAGUUUGGUUGUUCUUUAUUAAAGCUUACCUAUCUUAGUGUGGAUACCAAGAUAUCUGUGUGUGUAUGUGCACCUCUGUGCGUGUGUGUGUGUGCGUGUGUGUAUGUGUGAGUACCUCUGUGCGCACGUGGAUGGACGUGUGGUACGGGUGAGUGCCUGCUUCUUGGCUGUUACGUGUCAAUGGAAUAAAGAAAAUGUAUUAAAAAUACUUAAGUCAAAAAUAGAAGGUGGAAAAAAGAUUUAUUCUAUACAAAGCCUUGUCUGGACCACUUUAGAGAGACUUCUAUUUUUUUAACCCUUCUAUAAAUGUUUGAUGGCACUUGAAAUAUUCCUGCAAUAAAAUGUGAUUUGUGUAAACAAGAAAAAAUUUUGUAAUGUGAAACAAUGAAAGAAAGUAAUGUAAUUUUUCUAAAAAACAAGAAAAAAAACACAAACGAACGAACUUUGUAUUAUUUUCUUGAUGGAAUUUGUCUAUUUGUCUUUGAAAAACUUUUUAUUUCAUUGAAUGUGCCAUAGUAGAGGUGUGUUUUUCUUUUUUUUUGUUUUCUCGUUGUUUUUACAUUCUAGCCUAAAGGAAUAGCUGUGUUCCGACAUUCCAAAAUGCAAGCUGACAUAGCGGUCACGAUUAAACGGUUUGAUUAGUAAGCUUCAAUCAUUGUUGCUUUUUUUGCACAUGUUCUUCAUUCCUCUACAGUGCAAUAUGUACAUAGAGCACUUGCGGGUGUAACCUUGAUCCCUCAGGGAAAAAUACAUAUUUGUACAGGAUUUUUCUUUUUUUUUUUUGCCUUUUUUUUUUUUUCCUAAGGAAUGUCGACUGAAUCACUUGUCUGUUGUUGAGGGGCAGCCAGAUAAUAAUCCUAAACCACUGUCACAAAACGUUGUUUAAAAUUUGUGCCCUUUUAUUAUUUAAAAAAAAGAGAAAUAAAAGCUAUUUUCUGACA